GGGAACAAACAGCAGUAAUGCACUUGUUGUAGAGAAGAGAAAAAAACAACAUUCCAAGAAAUUUUGUUAAUACAUGCCAAUGCAGUUUUAUAUGAGAAGGGAUAGUUCCAUUCAAGAGAAACUGCAUUUUUCCAGGAAAUCUACAGUGAAGAAAACAUCUCAGACCACACAACCAGCAAGGGCUACAGCCUUGGCUACGAAGCGACCAGCCGGUUACACUCAUUUACAAGAGAGAAACGGGCAGACAAAGGGUGACAGCACAUAAUCAUCAUGGCAUCAGCAAGUUUGCAGUUCUUUGCUUUUAUUCUGGCUUUGUUUGGCGUUUUUGGAGACAUCACGGCCACCUUGCUACCUAACUGGAAGGUAAAUGCGGAUGUUGGUUCCAACAUCAUAACAGCUAUAACACAGAUGCAAGGACUUUGGAUGGACUGCACGUGGUACAGCACUGGGAUGUUUAGCUGUACCCUGAAAUACUCGGUUCUGUCUCUCCCUGUCUACAUCCAGGCUGCACGGACCACCAUGGUACUGUCCUGUAUCCUGUCAGCCUUUGGGAUCUGCAUCACUGCAGUUGGAAUGAAAUGCACAAAGCUGGGAGGGGACACCGACAGCAAAAGCCACGCUUGUUUUGCUGGAGGAGUCUGCUUCAUUCUUGCAGGAGUCUUUGGAUUAGUACCAACAUCCUGGUAUACAAGAGAAAUUAUUGCAAAUUUUCUGGACCAAACCAUUCCAGAGAGCAGUAAACAUGAACCAGGAGGAGCGGUUUACACAGGAUUCAUUUCAGCGGGGUUUCUGCUUAUUGCAGGUGUGAUCUUCUGCACCUCCUGUUUUAACAAGCAGCCAGGAGCAGGGGUUUACCCUCCACCACAGCACCAUUUCCCAUCCACAGAGCAGGAGAGCAACGCAGGUUACGACCUGAAGGACUAUGUGUAAAUAUAGUUAUAUCUAUCCAUUGAGGCUUUUUUUGGGUGUGUGCUACAUUUAGUUUGAUUAUUUCAAAGAAUGUAUAACACAGCACUUAACUUUUCUAACAUCUGUGUUGCAAUUAUGUUUAAGCAAGGUACUUCAUUUAUAGCAGCAUCCAUGAAAAAACGAAGUAGAAAACAAUGCCUAAGUCUGCUAAAAGUGUAGUUUUUUGUUGAUUUUUCAAACCCUUCUUUUUGACUUUCCAGCUAACAUUAAUUGAAGAAAAAGAAACUAUUUUAAAACAUAACUGACAGUACAGUUAAUGUACUGAUGGCUUGUUACAGCAAAGAUGCUUAAAAACUGCUUUCUAUUUAGCAAAUCAGCCUAUCAAUAACAUACAUUUAUAGUGUAUUUUACAUUUUAAAUCUUUAUUUUAAUUACAAUGUAAGGUAAAAGACCCCAACCACUCUCUAUCCAAAAAGCUCAAUUCAAUGGUUUUAUAAGUAAUGAACACAUCUGCCUUUCAUUUUCAGUUCUAAAUUGCCUUGGUAACUAGAUUUUUUUUUUAGAAAAUAAAACCAAACAAAAAACCACACACACACACACCAACCAACCAACCAAAAGAAACACCCCAACAAACAUAUAGCCUCAAACCUUAGCUGCAUUGUAUAUUCUAUGAAUCAGGCUGAAGAAUCAGCAGUACCAUUCAGAUCUUGCCAAAAAUGGCUCUCCCGCCCCGAAGUGCCACCUGCUGUGGGUUUCAUUUGUUAUUGUUCAAGAAAGAUCUACUGGGCAUUCACCAAUUGCUACUAAUCUAUCACUACACAAUUAAUGUUGGAUUUGAGGGGCAAUACAACAACAGAAAUGUAACCAUGACUAUAGAACACACCUGCAAACUGCAACAUGCAGGAUACAAACUAAAUAUCUAUGUUCAAGAAAAAUCUGUAAGUGUUCUGGUUUACACUUGCUCCAAGUACUUUUUAACAGCUCAAAUAAUACAGCUAACACUUGUUGUCUACAUUUCUGGCCUUCUAAAUUAACUUUGUAAGUCCUUUUCAUUAUUCCGGUUGGGACUCUCUCAGGCCCACUCCCAUGCAUUCUGUUACUGUAAAAUGUAAUAUACAAUGGUGAUAAAGAGACAGCUUCUUUAUUUAAACUUAUUUUCUUGACUCCCUUAUUUUGAUAAAUAAUCUUACAUCCUUAACCUUGUAUUCAACACAUAGAUUUUGUUUUGUAUUGGUCAUGGGUAGUGUAUGUUCUAUCUUAAUGUUUCCCUUAACAAGAACCAAACUGAUGUUAAUUUGCUAGCAUAGGUAAGGGAAUGAAAACGGGUAGGAUACAGGCCUUUUAAUUUAGGGACAAUGCUGGAUGAGUCUUUCAAAAAAGCCAACUGCUGUUUAUUUUGCAUAUUUAUAUAGAACUUUCAUUUUCCACAUGAUUAGCCUGAAAUUCACUAAAACAGCAUAAAGGGGCCUUAAACAUUAUAUGUAGAGUUUGUUAGAAAACGAUCAUCUGUUAUAGCAUUUGAGAAAGUGGAAUGUUUUAUGCAUCUAACAUAUAGUCUUUAUUCUACAUAACAUACAUAGGAUGGAAUUGAGUCUUGCUUGCACUACUACUGUUAUGUAGCCACUUUGAGUUUCCUAUGUAUUCAUCAAGGAGCUUGUUUUGUACUAUUUGUAAUGCAGAACACUAACUAUGACAAAAAAGCCACAUUUUCUUUCUUUAGACACAAUACAGGACCAUUCCAUUUCAUAAACCAAGAGUCCCUUCUGUCUCAACAUUGAUAGUAUUGUUGAAAUAAAAGUCACUCAUUGAGCAAAUGAGAUCAACAACUCAUUCCCCAAAACAUGCAUCUCCACCUUUAAUAAGGGGUUGGACAUGACACUAAGCCAUGAUCAUUGCUAUGUAUGUGAAUUAAAACUAAUAUUUGUAAAGUAAGAAAAAGUGUUUUCACAGGAGGGCAUAAGGACAAGGUAACAAUUGCAUAUCAUAAGCAAAAUGAAGUAUUUAUCAGUUACAUAAGCAGCAAAUUUUUCUUCCUAAAACUUUAUAAACAAGUACCUGAACUUCUCUGUUUGCCUAAGAAACAAAAAUCAUGCACUGAAUCACUUCAUUCACAACACACUGCAAGAGCUUUCCAAGAUAACAACGAUUUUGUCAGAAACAGUAAUAUCCAAAUCCGCAUGUCAGUCUACGGCUAGAAGAACAGGGACAAAACAGAAGAUCAAUCUACAACAGGAGUUUGAAGAAAACAAAAUAUAGUAAAAACAUGUGCCAGGUCUGCUUGAAAGAUUUGUACCUUCUGCUUUUGCGAUAUAAACGAUACUUGUUUUAACUCAAAUAAAUAUGUUAAUUAAGAAUA